AUGGGAUCCGCGCGAGCUCUUAGUACUGGUAACUCCGUUCUGCGCGCCGCGUUCGCGAUCCUCGUCGUCCUCUCGUGCCUCACUCGAGUGUCACGUUACCAUCAACUCACAGCACUGUCACUGUCAGACGCUCCUUUCGCCUUCCACAAUGACGUCGCACUCCGUUAUCGCCCCUCUCUAAAAAACCCGACCGACGAUCCCCUGCCAACCAAGCCCGCCGCCACUGCUUCCCUUAAUCUCACUGCUCCUGUGCUUCCCGUGCCUCUUCCUAUUCAACCUCUUAGUAUGGUUCGUCGAACCGCUUAUAAGCGACCGGCGACGAGGGGAGACAGCCAACCGGCGAGAGGAGACAGCCAACCGGCAAGGGGAGACAGCCAACCGGCGAGGGGAGACAGCCAAAUGGCGAGGGGAGACAGCCAACCGGCGAGGGGAGACAGCCAAACGGCGAGAGGAGACAGCUCGGCGCAUGCCCAUCAUCUCACGAGCGAUUCGUGCGUGACGGCCAUGAGUAACUCACCCGCCGAUGGGCCCAGCCCGGUACUGACUCCGCCGCAGAAGCGGCGUGCCGCAGCCGCAUGCAGAAGGGAGCUACUGAACGCGCUGCGGCAGUGGGCGGCAGAGGUCAGGCUGAGAGAGGCCAAGGCGGAGCUGCUGCCGAGCCCCCACUUGCAGCUCACUCGCGAAGAGGCUAGACUGGUCGGCGAGUGCAGUGGCAAGGGCAACGCGGGUGGCCAGGGUGGGAAGGUGCUGGUAGCUGAAGCAGGAGGCGCAACAGGAGCGGGAGCAGGAGCAGGAGCAGGAGCAGGAGCAGGAGCAGGAGUAGGGGCAGGAGCAGGAGCAGGAGCAGCAUCCAGAGAAGCAGCAGUAGCUAAGUGCAGCACGUGGCCUGAGGCGUGCUGGCCUCACAUGCCCUUCUCCGAUGUCAUGGCCAGCAGGGCGCGCAAGUUCCUCGUAUUCGCCUACUCCGACGAGCAGCUCUCCAACACGCGCUCUCACCUUGCAGAGGCCACCCGCUUCGCCCAAGCCACCAACCGCACGCUCGUGCUGCCCAAGGCCAGUCGCAGCCGCCUCUCACUCGCACGUUCCCUGCCACUCUGCACCUACUUCAACCUAUCUUGUCUCAACGCCCACUGGAUCUCGCCCGACCUCUUCCUGCUCCUCGCUAGAGCCGCUCUCGACCUCCCCUUUGCUGCUGCUGCACCUGGCGCCACCCCGUCCGUGGCCUUUGUGCAUGUGCAGUCCUCCUACCUAUGGUGGUACACGGACGUGCUGGUGUGGAUGAAGAGCACCUUCGGUGUGGUGGACUUUAACCCUCCCACCAGCGCCAUCUCGUUCCAGAUGCUUCCAUACAGCCAGGCGUGGCACGCCAUGGCCCAUCGAGCCAUGACCCGCCUUCCCCAGCGGUACAUUGCGGCGGAGGCAGGCGUGCUGGAGGAGCUGAUGACGGGGUGCAUGGAAGCGGCGCGCGAUCUCAUCAACGACAUGAAGCGCCGCCACAACAUCUCCGCCGUCUUCAUCGCCGCCGACGUGUCAUUUGACGACAAGGCGGGCAGCGUGGUGCGGUCAAACUCGUGGAAAGAGACCACAUGGAAGUUUCAAGGGCAAGAGAGGGUGCUGCAGGCCCCACAGGAGAAGUUGCGGUGGCUGAGGGAGCAGGUGGCGGGGACUGUGAUGGUGGACUAG